AAAACAACUUUUUUAGAGAAAUGGGGGCCUUUUGGGUACGCCGACGUAUCGGGUACUUGGCCACCAUCCUUUUUUUAACAACACUGAACAUUCCUGAUUUUUACAGGCAACAUCAAAUUUUUUUAUAUUUUUUUAAAUUAUGUUUCCGAAGGACAUGUAUCCAUGGCUUUGAAUUUUUUUUAACAGCCUGUACACUAUACACAUUGCGAAGCAAUAUUGGACAGAAAAUAGAAACCUAUUGUUUUGAAUGAUCCUUUUAACAUUUUUAUGGCAAGUGGGUCAUUGAAUUUAUUUCACCAAUCCGCCGCUGCUUUUUUUUGCGGGCAAAAAACACGUUAUCGCUACUAUCACUCGGGGGAGUAAAUAGAACGUUUAUAUUGGUUUCACCGGCCAUACGACCCAAUGUCGAUACUCGGGAGUAGAGUAUUAUCCGAGCGACCAUUGGACCCAAUCCCUAAGCUCUGUAUACCCCACACCGGCAUACCAACCAAAACCCGCGGUGACCUUCGGCGCAUACGGAACGCCCCGGGAUAUCUUGUUGCAAUAAGAUAGCUGCUUGGAACCGUCCCUGCACGGUACCGCAUUGCGGGACCUAAUUGAGGGGACUGAGAUACCGCCACACGCUACGACACCGGGAGGCUAAACCGGCAUUGCUAUUACUAUGUUGUAAUAUCCUCAAGUACUUACUGUAUGAUAAGUCUCAGAACAAUGACAAGUAUGAUAAGUACAAUGCAAAGAGAAUGUACAAUGCUUGUUCUUGUUCUGAGUACAAUACCAACUUUUCAAUUUUAUUUUAAAAAUAAUGUGAAUGUCAUUAUUCAACGAAAAAUACAUUUGAAGAAAAUAAAAUUUAAUAAAAAAUUAGGCAUAUUUUAAGUAAAACAUGCAGCUAUAUAAUAAAGUAAUAUUCUUGCUAUUCUUUCAAACUAUAGCUGGAGAAAACGAUAUCGUGCCCACUUUUCUACUGGACUAUGAAGAAGUAAUGAAACACCUUACAGUAAAUCCCAAUCCAUUUAACAAAAUUAGCUCCGGUGCAUUUGUGAACAUCAUUCAUGAUGCGAUAAAGCGCAGCGAGGCCGUCGUCAUAUUUGUAGAAGACACAUUUUGUUUCGAGGAUUUAUCCGUCAAAGAUAAGUUGGGCACGCCAUAUUACUAUCUUCGCCGAGGUUUACUAGACAAGAAAGUUAAAUAUUUUCCAUCCGUAAUUAGCCCUUACGACACGUUAAAGCAAGUUCUUCAGCCGCAGCAGCUGAACUUGUUCUAUUUGAGUCCAGGCACGAAGUUGCAUCUCACGGAAAGAUUUAAGUAUCUUUAUAUAUAUUUCAAAGAUGGUAUGAACGAAACUCGUGCGCAGGCGUUGCGACGUCACGAUGCUUUUAUUCGGGAAGUGUACUUCACAGUGAGGCAACUGAAGCCAGGUCCUAUUGUUGCGUUUUAUACAGGGAAGAUAAACCCAGUGGUAGUAGAAAGGCCGCGGUUUGUGCCGAUCAGGCCGAGCCCACUGCCGCGGGACGACGAAGUCAUGGUUGCUUCGGAAGGUGCACUCUUUAGAUUCUCCGGAGUGUUCGCCACUACACCUACUCGCCGCGCGAACUUAAACCAGAUGCCGAUGAUCGCCGAGGAGUCGUGGACUCCAUCGAAACUGUCCACUAAAAUGGAUUAUACGGAUUUUGAACUGCAAUUUAACUUUAACUUGGAGAAAGCCGAAGGAUGGCUUCUGGAGAGCGUGGCGCUGGUGGAGGGCGGCGAGGAGGUGGGGCGCACGGAGGUGGCGGCGGGCGCGCCGUGGGACUGGUCGUACGUGUGCGGCGAGCCGCUCACCGUGCUCAACCAGCGCGACGGCAGCUCCGUCACUAUCUCGCAGUACCAGCUCCAGCCGUUCCGCUACCCGCCGAUCAGCCGUAACGGCAGCGACAACGCCGGCGGCAACGAUACUAGUAUGUGUUUUGGCGCGACCGUCAACUGCGGCCCUUACUUCAACACGCGCAUCCUGUCGGGGUUGAUGGUGGUGUUCCUGUUCUUGAUGAUCCUAGCAUAUGGCAUCGCGACGCUCUUUGACUGCGGUGUCAACGACAAGCAGGACGAUCCGCACGGAAAGCCACUAUUCACUGACGUGCCCUCAUAGGAUAUCUUGUUUAUAAUUUUAAUUAAAUUUCCUUGUUUUGCUAA